GGCCCGCGGGGCGGGGCCGCUGGCCUUUCCCCACCCCCGUCGCUCGGCCCUGCCGCCAGCCCUGCGCGCAGCCAGCCGCCCUGCGCAUCUCGCUGGCCCCACCGCCGCACCAUGAAGGCGCUCCUGCUCGCUGUGUUAGUUGCGGUGCUGUGCGUGGAGAGAGCCCACACACUCAUCUGCUUUUCGUGCUCGGAUGCAUCCUCCAACUGGGCCUGCCUGAAACCUGUCAAGUGCGGGGAGAAUGAAAACCACUGUGUGACGACGUAUGUUGGAGUGGGAAUCGGCAGCAAGAAUGGCCAGUCCAUCUCCAAAGGAUGCUCUCCCAUUUGCCCCAGCGCUGGGAUUAACCUCGGCAUAGCGGCUGCCUCCGUUUACUGCUGCGACUCCUUCCUCUGCAACAUCAGCGGUUCCAGCAGUGUGAAAGCCAGCUAUGCGGUCCUGGCCUUGGGGGUCCUCGUUAGCUUCAUCUACGUCCUCAGGGCUCGCGAGUGAUGGGGCUGGCUGAGGAAGAGCCGUCUUCCAUGGGCUGUCGCAGGUCUCAUUAGCCAAUAUCUUCUCUGUCGCUGUCUGCAAGGAGAUCCUCUACUUCUCAGCAGGCUUCCAAGGUGGUUGUUUCCCAAACUUUAUGCUCUUCCAGCAUUGGAGACCUGGGCAGUUUGGCCAAGCUGUUCUCCUCCUUCUGUGGACAUACCCCUCUGCACUCUCACACCUCCUUGGCAAAGGUGGAUCGUUUUGGAAGGGUUUCUGCUUUUAUACCUAAUACCCCCCCAGUCUCUCAUUUCUAAGGUUGGUUAAAACAAGGCUGGGACUCGCCAAGAACCGAUUAACCCCAGAUACCACCUGGUCAAGUGUUCAGACGUUCCUGCCUCUCGCCUCCAUGGAGGUGCCUGGCAUCGGCGUGCUCCAGCACAUGGGUGGUCCGGGCACUGGGAAUGCAUGACCUGAAGGGAGACACAUUCCCGGCCCCUUGCAGCUACAGUCUCUUUUUAUAAAAUCGUUUCGUUUCUUCUGAUCCUGGGCUGACUUUUCUGGAAAACAAAUGACGUGUACCUUGUCCCUCCGAGCUCUGUAAGUGCCAGACCUGAAUAAACAUGCUCCUGUUGUUACCUGA